AUGCCAACGGAGUUUGAAGCUGCCUGGGCUGAACUCGUGCACAAGUACAACCUGGAGAACGACCAGAUGAUGAUGCAGCUGUGGAGUGAUAGGAAAAUGUGGAUUUCAGCAUUUUACAAGAACAUUUUAUGUGCCAGAAUGACUUCCACACAACAAAGCGAGAGCAUGAAUCACGUGCUCAAGAGAGGGUUUGUCAAGGGGACCCAGAACCUACACAAGUUUGCUAGGCAGGUAAAUGCUUGCAUACAAACUCGAAUGCAGAAGGAGAACGAGCAAACAAUGACCAGCAUGACCAAUCCUAUGACAAAAACAACCUACAGCUAUGAGGAAGACAUGGCUAUCAAGUACAUGAGAGCCGUGUACACCGAGAUGAGCCUGUUCUGCCUUCACAUCAUGAACAUACUGGACUACCUGAAGCCUGACAAAUUUCCAGACAAAUAUAUCCUCAAAUGGUACACAAAGAUGGCAAAAUCACAACCAACCUUUGAUACAAGGGACUACAACACAACUGCAUCGGAUGGCAGCUCAAGACUAUCGAAGCAAGACAUCUUGCUGCAGCUAAAUUUGAUGGUUAACAAGAAAGCGAUGAGAUGUGACCAGCAAUAUGGCAGAGCCUUCUAUGUUCUCAAGAGGCUCGUGGAAGAGCUUGAUGCAAUACAUUCAGCAAAUCGAGCUGAUGCUGACGAAAGGAUAGCUGAAGAGGCUGCUGAAAUUGAAGAUGACCUUCAUUAUUAUGCAACUGAAAUGCUCCAGGCCGCUGCUCAAGCCAACCAGUGCAAGCAGGGUGUUGACCAAUUAAUGCAGCAGCGGCAGCAAGAGACGAUGAAACUGCCGAUGUACUCUGAAACAAAGGGUAGGAAGAAAAUUUCUGCAGCAAAGAAAAGUAACAAGAGAGCUCAAAGAAAGGCACCACUUGCAGGAAGAGUCGUCGUGCUCGAUGAGAACGGAGUGCCACUUGGACACAGGAGAAGCUUACUUGAACUUCUAUUGUUGAAGUUUCAAAGAAAUUAUACAGUAGAAGUUCAAGUAAGCUUACUGCAGAAGUCCUAG